UACUUCUCCCACAAUCCCUUGCGCUCCCAAUAUGGCGCCUUCGUUGAUAUUAUGACAUUUGCUAACUUUUCUAGGUGUUUGAGUCAAACAGAAAUGUGAUAUUUGUUCGACAGAAAUUGCGCCAGUUGAGAAAAUGAAAUUAUUUGUAACAUUAUUGAAACACAGCGGCAAACCAGCGGCUUAUAUCAAUGGUUACCUGCGUCGUCUGAGUUGUCGCUGCAGCAGUAGCCUCGUAGCGGCGCGAGACGAGCUAAUAGUUGGGUCGAGCCGGGAGCUGGAGCGAGCUCUGGGCGCCCAGGUGGACGUGAGGCCGUGCUUCAUCACUGAAGAGGAGGAGGCUGCCCUGCUGCGAGAGCUGGAACCGGGGCUGAAGAAGAAACGCUACGAAUUUGACCACUGGGACGAUGCAAUUCAUGGCUACAGAGAGACGGAGCGUUUGUCGUGGGGGCCAGCUUGUGAGGUCAUCCUGAAUCGGGUCCGAUCAGCCGCUUUUGCUGAGGGAAGUCCUCUUCUUGGCCCCGUCCACGUUCUAGAUUUGGACAAAGCUGGCUUCAUCAAGCCCCACAUUGACAGUGUUAAGUUUUGUGGAAGCACCAUUGCUGGGUUGAGUCUUUUGUCAGACAGUAUCAUGCGUCUGGUUAAGGAGGAUAACCCUAACGAAUGGCUGGACUUGUUGCUGACGCGGCGCUCCCUUUACAUACUCAGGGACCAGGCCAGAUACGACUUCACUCACGAGAUCCUGAAAGACGAGGAAUCUGUGUUCAGCGGACAGAAAGUUCCCCGGCAGCGUCGGAUCUCCGUCAUCUGUCGGAACCUUCCAAGCUGACGUCAGACUUCAGAUUCACGGACAGAAAGAGCAGCUGAUAAAUGAAGGCUUUGAAGUUUGCUCAGUAUAUUAUGCUUCAAUGUUUAUAUUGUAAAUUAUAAAAUUUAUUAAUAUAAUCAAUAAUUUGA